AUGGUAGAUUACGAAUUAGAAAAAAUCGUAGUCGACCUGUAUCGUGAAAACAAGUGGAAAGAAAUAGUGGAUUUAAAAGAUACAGCAGAUUGUUUUCAAAAGCUUAGACUUCUGUGGGUAUGGCCAGAUUUUGACGACUUAAAUUGGUUGAAAAAUGUUAUUACCAAAAAAAAUGUUCGUGAAAUCGUAAGCAUAGGAUGCGGCAGUGGAUUAUUGGAAUGGUUACUUCAGAAACACUUGGGGAUCGUUAUGAUUGGCGUUGAAGUCGAUCGAAAAUGGUGGUCCAGCGGUUAUUCUCCGCCGUUAUUUUUAAAUACUAUUCACUUCAUAGACGAGGAAAAUGACAGUUUUAAAAUACUUCCAUCUCAAGCUUUGCUGUUUUGCUAUUUUAACAACGGCCCCGCGUUUCUCAAUUACAUGAAUGAAUACAGGGGGAAGAUGGUUAUCAUUAUAGGCCCUGGUGAAGGUCGGGGAUCUUGUACAGAUCCGGCCCCAUUUGAUAAAAAAUUUUUGGAUCUUGGAUGGAUAUUAGAAUCAGCUAGGGAGAUUAGGAACACAAAAGAUUAUAUCGCUGUGUAUGUUAGGUAAUAGUGGUUCUUUAUGCACUUUUCAUCAUAUGUAAAUUG